AUGCUUGAAGGGAGCGAAGCCAAGAAGAUCCGGGCCCGAAUUCUCGCAAAGUUGACGGCACAAAACGAGCUGCUGCUCGUCGCUGAUACGAUCCGGAUGUCUUCGAGUUCUACGAUCAACACAACCGGGCGGAAGAAUUGA